GAAGAAGAUCUUUUGAAUGAUGUGUGCAGGGAAGUCGUGCAGAAGUGGUCUGAGUCGCAGGUCGUGGAUGCCAAAGAGGAGAAGGAAGACGAGCUCCAGGCCAUUGCCAGCAUGAUGGAGAAGCAGGCCAGGAUCGUGGUGAAGCCCAAGGAGGUGUCCCAGGAGGAGAAGCAGAGGAAAGCUGCACUCCUGGCUCAGUAUGCCAACGUGACUGAUGAGGAGGAUGGUGAGGAUGACCAGGAUGGAUCCACUGCGACUGCAGCGAACAUUGGAUCAGAGAAAUCUCUGUUCCGCAACACCAACGUGGAGGAUGUGCUGAACGCCAGGAAGCUGGAGAGGGAGCUGCUGCGGGAUGAGUUCCAGAGGAAAAAAGAGCAGGAUAAACUGCAGAGGGAGAAGGACAAGUUGGCCAAGCAGGAGAGGAAGGAGAAGGAGAAGAAACGGACACAGAAGGGCGAGCGGAAGCGAUAG